AUGCUGAUCCGUGUUUACAGUGCGACGAGACCCGCCCGAUGCCUCAAGUCUGGGCGCACAUGCCGUGGCUAUGAAGAUAGCGGGAGCUUCAUCUUUCGCCAACACGAGAACCAAAAUGAUGGCCAAAGCCAGUCUAAGCCGGCUUUCAAGUCUAUGGCUCGAAAAUGUAGCUUGGCUGCCCGAGAACCAGUUCCAGGAACUGACUUUAUCCCCGAGGAUGGCCCGCCUAAGGAAGUUUCCGAAAGUAGAAUCAAGGAGCUGGCUCUCCAAGCCUUCUUCUAUGACUACUCAGUCGUUUCCGUAAAUUCUUCCCUUUCGGGAGGCUUUCUAGGUGGAUUGGAGCCGUUGGUUCAAAAUCUAGGACUACAGUCCCAUGUGGCAAAUGCAUGCAAAGCAGCUGCAUUCGCCAGCAAUGGUAUAAAGCUACGGCGACAGUUCCUGACACAGCAGGCCGAAACUCUAUACUAUGAUCUACUUGUGCAUCUGGCUGCUUCUAUGCAAACCCCUGCUGCAAAUAGUCACGAGACCUUAGUUAUUGCAAUACUCCUAGGCCUCUACCAGAUGAUCAUCUCGGAAAAGACCAAUCCUGGACAUCACACAGCCCAUGCCGGGGGCGUGGCUGCAAUUUUGCAAAUCGAGAACAACCCCUUGGAGCUUGUAGCGGCGGUCCUUUCAGGUCAUCCAUUGGUUCUAAAUGGCAAGCAGCUUGAUCCUAUUUGGAAGCGGACAGAGGCUCUUCUUGCAGGGCCUCCCGCUCCACUCUUUUUUGAUGAGGUCUUUGGUCUCAAGCGAGAGGCGAUGGCACUGAAUCACGAUCUUGCGAUCUGGCAGCAAAGUCAAAGUGAGGAGCUCAAACCUACGACCGUAGACCCGGGUCUCCAAGCCACCCAUAACCCUGGGGUGGGCUACUGGCAUGGAAGAAUUGAUAUGUACAUCGAUCUGUACGUUGCAUCACUGUGGAAUAUUUCUCGCAUUGCACGAUGUUUGCUUACUACAUUGAUUAUCCGGCUAUCUGGUGUGCUCGAUGAUGGUGUGAACCAUGAAUCUGACCACCAAGAAGCCUUACGUCUGGUGGAGAACGUCAUAGCUUCUAUUCCCUAUCAUUUAACAGAGGACUUGCAGGUCUUCUUGCGUCAACGGGGUAAUCACACUGAGAUCAAUAACCCCGGUCGCCCAGUUGGUGGCCUAUUGCUUAUGCACUCGAUUUACGUUGCAUCACAUUUGGAAAUAUUCCCAUUGGAGAUGCGCGAGUAUAUGAAAAACUGCCUGGUAUGGAUUGGGCGGCGCAUGGGAAUUGGACAGGCCACUUUCUUAGCACAGGCAAGUCUUUCUCGCGCUUUUCUACGCUUUUUGGUCGCUUUCCGGCAGUCUAAGCUAAUCCAUCAUGUCAGGCUCCGCAGAUUGACAAUCAAUAUUUUGCUGGUGGAUGUUUGA